UCCCUCUAUAAAACCAUGGCUCCCUCCUGCAUCCUUCCAACCCAGAUCGAAUCAAAGCUUUCUCCAGCUCCAUAUUUGCUUAACAUAUUACCAGCUUUUUCAGUUCAAAUGGCAGCCAGAGGAAUGGGGAUUGCUCUGGUUCUAAUACCAGCCCUUGUAGCCAUGCUCUUGGGAGGGGCAGCGGCCCAGUCGUCAAGCUGCACAAGUGUGAUUGUCAGCAUGUCACCGUGCCUGAACUAUAUCACAGGCAACUCAUCAACCCCAUCUUCCUCCUGCUGCUCUCAGCUCGCCAGCGUUGUCAAAUCUACACCAAGGUGCCUGUGCGAGGUCCUCAAUGGUGGUGCUUCAUCACUGGGGAUCCAAAUCAACCAAACUAGGGCCCUAGCACUCCCUAAUUCUUGCAGUGUUCAGACUCCGCCUGUCAGCCAAUGCAACACCGUUUCCCCAACAGCAUCUCCAGCGGGGACCCCAGACACCAAGACCACCCCAGCAACCCCAGACGCAAAGCCAGAGUCCAAGGCUACACCAGCAGUGCCAAGCGUUCCUUCAGGAGCCGGAUCUAAGACUGUUCCAUCAACAAAUGGGAACACGUCAGAUGGAAGUUCUACCAAACUCACCUUCUCUCUGCUCUUCGUUCUUCUCUUCUCUGCAUCAUAUGUUUCAACCUUCAACAGCUUUUGAGCUCUCAGUGGAAAUUCUUCCAGCUUUGUAUUCAUUCUUAAAUUUGUUUCUUUUGUUAUGUUAUGUAUUCCUGUUUCAUAAGUGGUUAAUUUGGAGACCAGUGUGGGGAAUGAUUGCUUCAGUUUAAUUUCAACAAAGAUAAUCUAUUGAUUGUUUGUACAUAAA